AUGAAAAGACGUCGGUGCCAGCGUGCUAUCGCCGAGAUGACCGAGCAACUUAAAGCUGCGGAAGGCAAGACGUACGCCCUCUCGGUCCAUUUGGCCCAAUCGAAUCGUCCGCCCCACCUCGCAUGAUGUUUCUUCUUUGGUAACGACGGCGGUUAAUAGGACCGCACGUAAGAUCAUGGUUUUCGGCAAUAUUGUUUUUUUCCUCUGUUCGUUCCCGUUUUUUGUAGACGUAUCUGAGAAAAUGUUCCAGAAUGGUUUGUCUGAAAUAUCUGAAACAUGUCUUUUGUCUGUCGCGGUUGCUGCACUCGCACGACCCUCGGACACAAGUCACAUUGCUCGCGUGUUGUCGACGUAGAAUCACCGGCGCACGAGGGGUAUAGGGUCCGGUCUUGGCCAAGCAAAUAUUGUUCAGCACCAGCGACCGUAUCCUGAAUCGAAAAAUUUCGCGCGAAAUAUUCUUACGGAUACUGUAGGGGGGGUGUACUCAUAGUCUUGCAUGCCGAAGUCGUUAGACCAUUGACCUCGCACGCCGGGUUAUCACCGGACUAGGCUCUCACAUCACCGAGCGCGAAGCGCCGUGAGGUAUUCGGCGAGUUGCAUGAAGAGUGCGCUGCAUCCUGGAUACUGAAGGGGGGGCAUUGUUUUCGGAGGAUAGCCACCGGAGGUUGUUCUUGAUGGAAUAGUUUCGAUUGUUUGCGCAUGCGUGUUUGUCGUGCUCAGAGAUGUGGCGCUCACAGAGACUUGGCGCUUACAUGCUUUGGCAGGUGCUUUCAGAGCAUUGUUUUGUCGCAGCCCUGACGGCCGAAACGUACGAAAUACGAUCCACAAUCCGAAAUAGAGGGAUCGGCGGUGACUACUGUAGGAGGGGGGCGGAUAGGAGUAUUGCGCGACGAUCUCCUGGUUUGAUUUCGUGCUCAUGUUGCAAGUGCUUGGGGAUAGAUUGCACCGCAUCUGUAGGACACGACACGAUCUUGGUACGUUGUUUCUUCGUAUCCUUUCGAUCUGUCAAAUGUUUAGCGUGCCUCGUGCGAUGUUGGUCGUUUUUUUUCUUUGGUCUUUCGGACGUCUUUUUGGUGCCUUGUACAACGUUUUUGUCCUUGGACUCGGUUUCAAGCUUUGAAAGUCGAAAUUCUCACGGAACCGAGGUCUUGUCGGUUGUCAAAGAGGCCAUGUUGUUGAACCAAGUACCGUAUUUCGAUCGUCUCGACGUCUAGAGCGUCAUGAACGAUAUAUUUCCCGCUGUCAACGCGUGAUUUUUGCCUCGACUCUUUAGGACAGGCUGCCUUUGAUGCACCGUGCCGAUUCAGAGCGGACAAGUUUUUGACAGUAUGAUCCCAUCCUCCUGCAACGAUGCAAGAAGCAACAUGCAAAACAGUUUCCUGGGUCAGAGGAGGUCGGGAGGU